AUGACAUCCGUGUCCGGUUCUAGACCCUCACGGCGCGCUGCUGCUGCCCGCAAGAAUUUUGUCGUCGAAAGCUCGGAAGACGAAGCUGCCUCUACUGGACGUGCCACCCCCGCCCUAUCAAGUCAUGGCGAGCAAGACCAGGAAGAUGAGGAGGAGUUCACACCGGUUCCAAAGCGACCAGCUGCGAAGGGACCCACGAGAAGGCGAACCACUGCCAAUCUCUCGUCCGAAACCCCACAAACAGUUCGACAGGACAAGAGCAAACGAACACGGCGACCGAGAACAGGAGAUGAUAUCGAACAGUCACAGCUUUUCGACAUGGUAGAUGAGUCCACGCUGCUAGCAGAAAACCCAGAGACACCAUCCAAGAGGCCGACCGCAUCUAGAAAACGCAGGAGCCCCACGCAGCAGCACCAAAGGCGCGAAAGCCGUAUGUCAUCUUCCGCAUCUGCCCUGUCGUCCCUUCCAACUCCUGAAUCUUCAGCUUCUCCAGAGCCCCAGCCAUGCCCGCCCUCCCGCCGCCAGAGCGUUGCGCCAUUAGCAGACAUCACCGAGACUACUGUCAACGAGGCUACGCCAAGGCCUCAACCAGAGCAGGAGAGGUCUACAAUCGAAAUGAUAAACCCCAUGUCCACGACCCUAGAAAAGCCAAUGGAUAUAGUUCUCAAGUCUCGAUCGCUUGCUGUACCUACGGUUGAAGAGCCAUCCGCGCCGAAACCUCGAAUGGUGAUCACACACCUUGUGAUGACGAAUUUUAAGAGCUACGCGGGGCGCCAGGUCGUGGGGCCGUUUCACGUUUCUUUCUCCUCAGUCGUGGGCCCGAAUGGAUCUGGGAAGUCUAACGUUAUCGACUCACUUCUUUUCGUCUUCGGCUUCAGAGCGAGCAAGAUGCGGCAGGGAAAGAUCUCUGCCCUUAUACACAAUUCUGCGAACUUUCCUGACCUCCAAUUUUGCGAGGUUGAGGUGCACUUCCAGGAAAUUUUGGAUCUCCCCGACGGAGGACAUGAAAUUGUACCUGAGUCACAGCUUAUUGUAUCCCGGAGAGCGUUCAAAAAUAAUUCCAGCAAAUACUACAUGAACAAAAAGGAGACUAAUUUCACCACAGUUACGGGAUUUUUGAAAGACCGGGGAAUCGAUCUUGAUCAUAAGCGGUUUCUGAUUCUACAGGGAGAGGUUGAGUCCAUUGCUCAAAUGAAACCGAAAGCUGCCAGUGAACAUGAUGACGGUCUGCUGGAGUACUUGGAGGAUAUCAUUGGGACUUCUAAGUAUAAGACUCCUAUUGAAGAGGCUGCUGCUGAAGUGGAAGCUUUGAAUGAAGUGUGUCUUGAGAAAAACAACCGCGUUCAGCAUGUGGAAAAAGAAAAGCAUAGUCUUGAGGAUAAGAAGAACAAAGCGAUCGCCUACAUUAAAGAUGAAAAUGAACUGGCUGAGAAACAGUCGGCUCUCUAUCAGAUCUACAUCGACGAAUGCAACGACAAUACGCGCGUGACCGAAGAGGCGAUACUGCAAAUGCAAGAAUUGCUGAAUAUGGAGUUGGAGAACCACCAAGGCAGCGAAGAUGCCAUCAAACAACUCCAGCGAUCCCACAAACGGGGCGCAAAGGAGUAUGAAGCUAUGGAGAAAGCCACGCAGGCGAUGGUUAAAGAGAUGGCUAAGUAUGAUAAGGAGUCAGUGAAAUUUGAAGAAAAACGCAAGUUUUUGCUAGGGAAGCAGAAGAAGCUUGAAAAAGCCAUGCAAUCAAGCCGUCUGGCUGGCUCCGAGUGUGCAAGUCUGGUUGAGAAACACACAGACGAUAUUGAGAGGAAGACUGCUGAAAUCGCAGAGUUAGAGAAAGAAAUGAAGCACGAGGAGGAGGAGCUUGCGGCUAUUCGAGAAGGACUUAAGGGUAAGACACAGGGACUUUCGGACCAAAUCGCUGUUAAGCAGAAGUCACUUGAGCCUUGGAAUGAAAAAAUCAAUGAAAAGCAAUCCGCCGUUGCCGUCGCACAGAGUGAGCUUGAUAUUCUGCGGGAAAAGCGUAAUGCAGGCGCCGUCGCCAUGGACGAAGCAAACGCGAAGAUCCAGUCUAUUAAAGCUACCAUAUCCAGCAAAACAGCUGACCUGGAAACUCGCCGAGUGGAAAAGACAGAACUUGAAAAUGAAGCCACUCUCCUUGAAACUGAAUUAAAAAAAUUCGGACAAAAGGAACCGGAGAUUCGGUCGAGGAUAUCCAGCGCUCGCCAAAAGGCGGACGAAGCUCGUGCGAGCCUUGUCAGUACUCAAAACCAGGGCAACGUGCUUGCAGGCUUGAUGCGGUUGAAGGAAUCCGGGCGUAUUGAAGGAUUCCAUGGAAGACUUGGCAAUUUGGGGACUAUCGAUGAACAGUAUGAUGUCGCCAUUUCAACUGCCUGCCCAGCCCUUGAGAACCUGGUGGUGGAUUCCGUUGAAGUGGGUCAACAAUGUAUCGACUACCUGCGCAAGAAUAACCUAGGAAGAGCGAACUUCAUCCUCCUCGACCGACUACCUCAGAGAGAUAUGUCCUCCGUCUUUACACCAGAUAGUGUGCCACGAUUAUUCGAUCUUGUCAAACCCAUAGACCCCAAGUUUCGACCAGCCUUUUACAGUGUUUUACAAAAUACGCUUGUCGCCAAGGACCUUGAACAUGCUAACAAAAUCGCCUACGGCCCGAGAAGAUGGCGUGUUGUUACAUUGGACGGACAGCUUAUCGAUGUAUCUGGGACUAUGAGUGGUGGUGGCACCCGUGUUGCCAGGGGCGGCAUGUCCUCAAAGCCUGUUGCCGAAGUCUCGAAGGAGCAGGUCAUGAAACUCGAGGCUGAUCGCGAUGAGAUUGAAAGGAAGUUCCAAGCAUUCCAAGACAAACAGCGGCAGAUAGAAACGUCAAUAAAGGCGAAGAGAGAUGAAAUUCCGAAACUGGAGACAAUGAUUCAGAGGAUCCAACUUGAGAUUGAGAGUUCAAACAAGAAUUUGGCGGAUGCGCAGCGACGUGUUCAGGAAUUGUCGGCAGAACAUAAGCCUUCGAAGAGUGAUGAUUCCAGAUCCGCCGCGCUUGAAAAACACAUCUCGUCCUUAGGAAAGGAAAUUGAGAAGCUUCAUACAGAGACUGCGGGAGUUGAAGAGGAAAUCCAAGCUCUCCAAAACAAGAUUAUGGAGAUUGGUGGUGUCAGGCUCCGGGGUCAAAAGGCUAAAGUUGAUGGUCUCAAGGAACAAAUCGAUCUUCUCACGGAGGACGUGUCAAAUGCUGAAGUUUCCAAGUCUAAAAAUGAGAAGUUGCGCAUCAAGCAUGAAAAGUCUCGUGCCGAUGCGGAGGGUGAACUUGAGCAGGUGAAAAAAGACCUUGAGAAAUUGAAUCAGGACAUUGAGAGUCAGGAAAAUGAUGUCUAUGGGACGAGGCAGAAGACAGAGGAGGCUCAAGAGGCUUUGGAAACCAAAAGAGAGGAGCUCGCCACAUUAAAAGCGGAGCUGGAUAAGAAGGUAGCUGAACUGAAUGAAACGCGUGCUUCUGAAAUCGAAAUGAAGAACAAACUAGAGGAGAAUCAAAAGGUUCUUGCCGAAAAUCAAAAACGCUGUCGAUACUGGGAAGAAAAGCUAGCCAAGCUUUCUCUUCAGAAUAUCAGCGACCUAGGCGAAGAGCAGGAAGCUCAAAGCCUCCCAAUAUACACCAAGGAUGAACUCGCCGAUAUGAGCAAAGAAUCGCUCAAAGCCGUCAUCGCUGCUUUGGAGGAAAAGACGCAGAACGCCUCCGUUGACCUCUCCGUCCUGGGCGAAUACCGCCGCCGCGUCGCUGAGCACGAGUCCCGCUCUGCCGACCUGGCCACUGCACUAGAAAGCCGCGACAAUGCAAAGUCACGCCUUGAUACUCUCCGCUCUCUCCGCCUGACAGGCUUUAUGGAGGGAUUCAGCACCAUCUCGCUCCGGCUAAAGGAGAUGUACCAAAUGAUUACGAUGGGUGGUAAUGCUGAGCUGGAGCUUGUGGAUUCUCUUGAUCCUUUCUCGGAAGGCAUUUUGUUCUCAGUCAUGCCACCUAAGAAGAGCUGGAAGAACAUUGGUAAUUUGUCCGGGGGGGAGAAAACGUUGUCGAGUCUUGCGCUUGUGUUUGCGUUACAUCAUUACCGACCGACGCCGUUGUACGUCAUGGAUGAGAUUGAUGCGGCGUUGGAUUUUAGGAAUGUCUCUAUCGUCGCCUCAUAUAUCAAAGAGCGAACGAAGAAUGCUCAAUUCAUUGUUAUCUCGUUGCGAAAUAAUAUGUUCGAACUUGCAUCUCGACUUGUCGGCGUCUAUAAGGUUAACCACAUGACCAAGAGCGUUACCGUGGAGAAUAAGGAAUAUAUCGCUCUGGCUAAUUAG